AUGCGCGUCCCGCUCCCCGCAACCCGGCAGCCGGCACUCUGGGCGCCGCGGAGAGCCGGCGUCGUGGUGAGGGCUGCUGCGUCUGCGGCACCGCCCGAGUUUUCCGUGACGGAGUCGAAGGAGGGGCCUCGCGUGCGGCUCACAGUGACGGUCGAGGCCGCUGCAUGCAAGAAAGCGUACGACAAGGUCAUGAAGGAGAUCCGCAAGGAGGCCCGCAUCGAAGGCUUCAGGAAGGGCGCGAAGAUCCCCGACCACCUCAUCUUCGACCUGAUGGGCGGGAAGAAGGAGGUGAACCGCUACUGCGUCGAGGAAAUCCUCAACAAGUUCAUCCCGCUGGCGCUCUCGGACGAGCACCGCAGCGCGGCCCUCGAGGACUCCGAGAAGGUGGAGACGCCCAUCGUGGACCUGGCGGGCGCGUUCGGGCGGGACAAGCCGCUGACGUUCGUGUUCGGGUUCGACACGAUGCCUGAAGUCAAGUGGGCCAAGUCGUACAAGGACAUUGCCGUCCAGGUGCCGCUGCAGGGCAGCGAGGCCGAGGACAGGCAGAACGCGGAGGCCGAGUUCCGGCGGCGGCACAAGGACCUCGGGACGCUCGAGGUGGUCGAGGAGGGCAAGGCGUCGAUGGGCGACGUCCUGGUCAUGGACUUCACGUGCCUGCACGCCGAGACGGGCGAGGCCAUCCCCGGCGCCUCGCGGGCGCGCUGGCAGUUCGACACCGAGGAGGCGUCCGCGCCGAACAGCCCGUUCCUGCCGGGCAUCGUCGACGGCGUCGUCGGCGCGGAGGUCGGCAACGAGCGCGAGUUCGAGGUUGUGUUCCCCGACACGUGGAGCAACGCCGCGCUGCGGGGCGUCAAGGCCACGUGCAAGGUCAAGGUGUACGACAUUCUGAGGUGGACGCUCCCGGAGCUGACGGACGCCCAGGCGGGCAAGAUCGUGGAGGGCGCGACGUCGCUGGACGAGGCGCGGGCGAAGCUGCUGGAGGCGGAGCGUGCGGAGACCAACACGCGCAACACGCGCGCGAUCCACGACGCGCUGCUCGAGGAGCUGCAGGCGUGCGUCGACGUCGACAUCCCCGACUCGCUGCUCCAGGAGGCCGGGCGCGCGGAGUACCAGGCGCAGCUGCUGGACCUGCAGAUGAAGGGGCAGCUGGGGCCCGACAUGCUGCAGCAGCUCGCGACGCCGGAGCGCUUCGCCGACUUCCUCCGCGUGCAGAAGAACGACCUGCGCGCGAAGGUCAAGGCCUCGCUCGCGCUCUCCGCGGUCAUCGAGGCGGAGGGCCUCCAGGGCGCGGUCACCGACGCGCAGGUCUUGGCCGAGGCCGAGUCGCUGCGGCAAGAGUACCUCGAGCAAGGUGCGGGCGACGCGGAGCUGGAGGAGCUGAUGGAGUCCACGCGCGACACGCUGUUGAACCUCGCGGCGAUCAACCGCCUCCAGGAGAUCUGCAAGGUCGAGGUGGAGAAGUAG